GGUGAAUACUCGGCUUCACAGAUCCCACCUGGACAGAAAUGUUGGCGUCAGGUUAGAGGAGACUCAGCUUCAGAUUCAAAGAUGGUCGGUGUUUGUGGUUCAUGUCUCUGAAUGACUGAAGUCCAGAAGAUGGAUGAUUGUGUGGAGGAAGAGGAGGAGAGACCAGAGUCUCCAGGAUCCAUCUGUCUGUCUAUGAAGAGUGACUGGUCCAAAGAUUAUCCUCUUAACUUCAGUAAAGAACCUGGACCCUCAGACACAAAAGGUCGGUACCGCAGUCAGAGACCAGAGUCUCCAGGAUCCAUCAGUCUGUCUAUGAAGAGUGACUGGUCCAAAGAUGAUCCUCUAAACUUCAGUAAAGAACCUGGACCCUCAGACACAAAAGGUCCGUACCGCAGUCAGAGACCAGAGUCUCCAGGAUCCAUCUGUCUGUCUAUGAAGAGUGACUGGUCCAAAGAUUAUCCUCUAAACUUCAGUAAAAAACCUGGACCCUCAGACACAAAAGGGAGGAAGAGGAGAGGAGUUGGUGUGGAGGAGCAGCCGUCCUGCUGUCCUUUGUGUCGGGACGUCCUGAAAGAUCCAGUCUCUAGCAGCUGUGGACACUGGUUCUGCAGACGCUGCAUGAGCUCAUACUGGGACCAGUCUGCUCCACCAGGAUCAUCCUCCUGUCCCCAGUGUGGAAAAAGAUCCAGAACCAGAGCUGGACUGCAGACAGCCAGUCAGAGCAGAACUGUACGAGCAGAUGCUGGUCUGCAGGAGGUCCUAGAUGAACACAAGACCAGUCUGAGGAGCAGAUGUGAACAUGUGACUGAAGGAAUUGAUGAAACUGGAAGUAGAACCCCCCUCAACAGGAUCUACACGGAGCUCUUCAUCACAGAGGGACUGAGUGAAGAGGUUGAUACCCAACAUGAGGUGAGGCAGCUGGAGACAGCUUCCAGGAUGAAGAGCCUCCAUGACGCUCCAAUCAGGUGCCAGGACAUCUUUAAAGCCUUACCUGGCCAACGUGGAGACAUCAGAGUGGUUCUGACCAACGGCGUCGCUGGCGUUGGGAAAACCUACUUGGUUCAGAAGUUCUCUCUGGACUGGGCCGAGGGCUCGGAGAACCAAGACGUCACCGUGGUGAUUCUGCUCUCGUUCAGGGAGCUAAACCUGAUCAGAGAUGAGCAGUUCAGUCUUCUCAGGCUGAUCCAGGUUUUCCAUCCAUCGUUACAGAAGCUCACAGCAGAGCAGCUGGCUGCCGGGAAACCGUUGUUCAUCUUUGACGGCAUGGAUGAAAGCAGACGUUCACUGGACUUCAACAACGGUCCGGUCGUGUCUGACGUCACACAGAGCUCAUCGGUCAACGUGCUGCUGACCAACCUCAUCCAGGGGAACCUGCUUCCCUCAGCUCUCAUCUGGAUCACUUCCAGACCUGCAGCAGCCAAUCAGAUCCCUCAGAAACACGUGGACAGGGUGACAGAAGUACGAGGCUUCACCGACGGCCAGAAGGAGGAAUACUUCAGGAGGAGGUUCAGGGAUGAAGAGCGGUCCAGCAGCAUCGUCUCCCACAUGAAGACAUCCAGAACCCUCCACAUCAUGUGUAAACUCCCGGUCUUCUGCUGGAUCACUGCUACAGUUCUGGACCACAUGUUGACCACAGAGCAGAGAGGAGAGCUGCCCAAGACCCUGACUGACAUGUUCUCCCACUUCCUGUUGGUCCAGACGAAGAGGAAGAAGAACAAGUACCAGGAGGGACAUGAGACGAGUCCACAGGAGCUGACGGAGGCUGACAGGGACCUUCUCCUGAAGCUGGGGAGGCUGGCGUUUCAACAUCUGGAGAAAGGAAACAUCAUGUUCUACCAAGAAGACCUGGAGCAGUGUGGUCUUGAUGUCCCAGAGGCCUCGGUGUACUCAGGAGUUUGUACCCAGAUCUUCAGGAGAGAGUGUGAGAUCUUCCAGAAACCUGUCUACUGCUUUGUUCAUCUGAGCAUCCAGGAGUUCCUGGCUGCAGUCUACGUGUUCCACUGUUGCUCCACCAGAAACACAGAUGUGCUGGAGAACUUCCUGGGAGGAAAAUACAGACACUCAUCUCUGGAUGACUUCCUGAAGAGAGUCAUGGAGAAAUCCCUGGAGAGUAAAAAUGGCCACCUGGACCUGUUUGUCCGCUUCCUUCAUGGUCUUUCUGUGGAGUCCAACCAGAGACUGUUAGGAGUUCUGCUGAACCUGACGGAGAACGAUCCAGAAACCAUCCAGAGAGUCAUCAACAACCUGAAGCAGAUGAACACUGAUAAAAUCUCUCCUGACAGAAGCAUCAACAUGUUCCAGUGUCUGAUGGAGAUGAACGACCUCUCAGUUCACCAGAAGAUCCUAGAGUUCCUGAAGUCAGAGAACAGAUCAGAGCAGUAUCUCUCUGAGAUCCAGUGUUCAGCUCUGGCCUACAUGCUGCAGAUGUCGGAGGAGGUUCUGGAUGAAUUGGACCUGGACAAGUACAAGACAACACCAAGGGGUGGACGGAGACUGAUUCCAGCUGUGAGGAACUGCAGAAAGGCUCGAUUUGUUGGCUGUGAACUCUCAAAGACUCACUGUGAAGUUGUUGUGUCCGCUCUGAAGUCCAACCCCUCCCAUCUGACAGAACUGGACCUGAGUCGGAACCAGGACCUGCAGGGUUCAGGAGUGAAGCUUCUGUCUGGUGGACUGGAGAGUCCAAACUGUAGACUGGAGACUCUGAGAUUGCAGGACUGCGGUUUGUCAAAGAUCACCUGUUCUUCUCUGGGCUCAGCUCUGAAGUCCAACCCCUCCCAUCUGGAACAUCUGGACCUGAGUCUGAACAAGCUGCAGGAUUCAGGAGUGAAACAUCUGUGUGGUUUCCUGGAGAGUCCAGACUGCAGACUGGAGACUCUGAGGUUGGAAGGCUGCUGGUUGUCAGAGAUCAGCUGUUCUUCUCUGGUCUCAGCUCUGAAGUCCAACCCCUGCCAUCUGAAACAUCUGGACCUGAGCUGGAACAAGCUGCAGGAUUCAGGAGUGAAACAUCUGUGUGGUUUCCUGGAGAGUCCAGACUGCAGACUGGAGACUCUGAGCUUGCAGUGCUGCGGUCUGUCAGAGAUCAGCUGUUCUUCUCUGGUCUCAGCUCUGAAGUCCAACCCCUCCCAUCUGAAACAUCUGGAUCUGAGAUUCAACUACAAGCUGCAGGCUGCAGAUGUGGAGCAGCUGUCUGAUCUGGUGGAGAGUCCAGACUACCAGCUGCAGACUCUCAGGUGGGAGCGCUGCAGUUUGUCAGAGAUCAGAUGUGAUGAUCUGGUCUCAGUUCUGGAGUCCAACCCGUCUGAUCUGGAACAUCUGGUCCUGAGUGGGAACAAGCUGCAGGAUUCAGAUGUGAAGCAGCUGUGUGGUUUCCUGGGUGGUCCAGACUGCAGACUGGAGACUCUGAGGUUGGAGGACUGCUUGAUGUCAGAGAUCAGCUGUUCUUCUCUGGUCUCAGCUCUGAAGUCCAACCCCUCCCACCUGAAACAUCUGGACCUGAGUGAGAACCCGAUGCUGCAGGAUUCAGGAGUGAAACAUCUGUGUGGUUUCCUGGACAGUCCAGACUGCAGACUGGAGACUCUGAGGUUGAAGAACUGCAGCUUGUCAGAGAUCAGCUGUUCUUCUCUGGUCUCAGCUCUGAAGUCCAACCCCUCCCAUCUGAAACAUCUGGACUUGGGCAGGAACAACCUGCAGGAUUCAGGAGUGAAACGUCUGUGUGGUUUCCUGGAGAGUCCAGACUGCAGACUGGAGACUCUGAGCUUGCAGUGCUGCGGUCUGUCAGGGAUCAGCUGUUCUUCUCUGGUCUCAGCUCUGAAGUCCAACCCCUCCCAUCUGAAACAUCUGGACCUGAGAUUCAACUACCAGCUGCAGACUGCAGAUGUGGAGCAGCUGUCUGGUCUGGUGGAGAGUCCAGACUACCAGCUGCAGACUCUCAGGUGGGAGCGCUGCAGUUUGUCAGAGAUCAGCUGUCGUCCUCUGGUCUCAGCUCUGGAGUCCAACCCGUCUGAUCUGGAACAUCUGGACCUGAGUAAGAACGAGCUGCAGGAUUCAGAUGUGAAGCAGCUGUGUGGUUUCCUGGAUGGUCCAGACUGCAGACUGGAGACUCUGAGGUUGGAGAGAUGCGAUAUGUCAGGGAUCAGAUGUUCUUCUCUGGUCUCAGUUCUGAAGUCCAACCCCUCCCACCUGAAACAUCUGAAACAUCUGGACCUGAGUCUGAACUACCUGCAGGAUUCAGGAGUGAAACAUCUGUGUGGUUUCCUGGAGAGUCCAGACUGCAGACUGGAGACUCUGAGGUUGAUGAACUGCAGGAUGUCAGGGAUCAGCUGUUCUUCUCUGGUCUCAGCUCUGAAGUCCAACCCCUCCCAUCUGAAACAUCUGGACCUGAGUUACAACAAGAAGCUGCAUGAUUCAGGAGUGAAACAUCUGUGUGGUUUCCUGGAGAGUCCAGACUGCAGACUGGAGACUCUGGGGUUGGAGAGCUGCGGUCUGUCAGAGAUCAGCUGUUCUUCUCUGGUCUCAGCUCUGAAGUCCAACCCCUCCCACCUGAAACAUCUGGACCUGAGUUACAACAACGACCUGCAGGAUUCAGGAGUGAAACAUCUGUGUGGUUUCCUGGAGAGUCCAGACUGCAGACUGGAGACUCUGAGCUUGCAGUGCUGCGGUCUGUCAGGGAUCAGCUGUUCUUCUCUGGUCUCAGCUCUGAAGUCCAACCCCUCCCACCUGAAACAUCUGGACCUGAGAUUCAACUACAAGCUGCAGGCUGCAGAUGUGCAGCAGCUGUUUGAUCUGGUGGAGAGUCCAGACUACCAGCUGCAGACUCUCAGGUGGGAGCGCUGCAGUUUGUCAGAGAUCAGAUGUGAUGAUCUGGUCUCAGCUCUGGAGUCCAACCCGUCUGAUCUGGAACAUCUGGACCUGAGUAAGAAACAGCUGCAGGAUUCAGAUGUGAAGCAGCUGUGUGGUUUCCUGGAGAGUCCAGACUGCAGACUGGAGACUCUGAGGUUGGAGAGAUGCGAUAUGUCAGGGAUCAGCUGUUCUUCUCUGGUCUCAGUUCUGAAGUCCAACCCCUCCCAUCUGGAACAUCUGAAACAUCUGGACCUGAGCUGGAACCAGCUGCAGGAUUCAGGAGUGAAACAUCUGUGUGGUUUCCUGGAGAGUCCAGACUGCAGACUGGAGACUCUGAGGUUGGGGGACUGCGAUCUGUCAGGGAUCAGCUGUUAUUCUCUGGUCUCAGCUCUGAAGUCCAACCCCUCCCAUCUGAAACAUCUGGACCUGAGUAACAACUACUAUCUACAGGAUUCAGGAGUGAAACGUCUGUGUGGUUUCCUGGAGAGUCCAGACUGCAGACUGGAGACUCUGGGGUUGAUGGGCUGUGGUCUGUCAGAGAUCAGCUGUUCUUCUCUGGUCUCAGCUCUGAAGUCCAACCCCUCCCAUCUGAAACAUCUGGACCUGAGUUACAACAGCCUGCAGGAUUCAGGAGUGAAACAUCUGUGUGGUUUCCUGGAGAGUCCAGACUGCAGACUGGAGACUCUGAGGUUGAUGGGCUGUGGUCUGUCAGAGAUCAGCUGUUCUUCUCUGGUCUCAGCUCUGAAGUCCAACCCCUCCCAUCUGAAACAUCUGGACCUGAGUGACAACUACUACCUGCAGGAUUCAGGAGUGAAACAUCUGUGUGGUUUCCUGGAGAGUCCAGACUGCAGACUGGAGACUCUGAGGUUGCAGGACUGCGGUCUGUCAGGGAUCAGCUGUUCUUCUCUGGUCUCAGCUCUGAAGUCCAACCCCUCCCAUCUGAAACAUCUGGACCUGAGCUGGAACCAGAAGCUGCAGGAUUCAGGAGUGAAACAUCUGCGUGGUUUCCUGGAGAGUCCAGACUGCAGACUGGAGACUCUGGGCUUGCAGUGCUGCGGUCUGUCAGGGAUCAGCUGUUCUUCUCUGGUCUCAGCUCUGAAGUCCAACCCCUCCCACCUGAAACAUCUGGACCUGAGUAACAACUACAAGCUGCAGGCUGCAGAUGUGGAGCAGCUGUCUGGUCUGGUGGAGAGUCCAGACUACCAGCUGCAGACUCUCAGGUGGGAGCGCUGCAGUUUGUCAGAGAUCAGCUGUGAUGAUCUGGUCUCAGUUCUGGAGUCCAACCCGUCUGAUCUGGAACAUCUGGACCUGAGUAAGAACGAGCUGCAGGAUUCAGAUGUGAAGCAGCUGUGUGUUCUUCUGGAGAGUCCAGACUGCAGACUGGAGACUCUGAGGUUGCAGCGCUGCAGUUUGUCAAAGAUCAGCUGUUAUUCUCUGGUCUCAGCUCUGACGUCCAACCCCUCCCAUCUGGAACAUCUGGACCUGAGUAAGAACAGGCUGCAGGAUUCAGAUGUGAAGCAGCUGUGUGUUCUUCUGGAGAGUCCAGACUGCAGACUGGAGACUCUGAGGUUGGAGGACUGCAGUUUGUCAAAGAUCAGCUGUUCUUCUCUGGUCUCAGCUCUGAAGUCCAACCCCUCCCACCUGGAACAUCUGAAACAUCUGGACCUGAGUCAGAACUACCUGCGGGAUUCAGGAGUGAAACAUCUGUGUGGUUUCCUGGAGAGUUCAGACUGCAGACUGGAGACUCUGAGCUUGCAGUGCUGCGGUCUGUCAGAGAUCAGCUGUUCUUCUCUGGUCUCAGCUCUGAAGUCCAACCCCUCCCACCUGAAACAUCUGGACCUGAGAUUCAACUACCAGCUGCAGGCUGCAGAUGUGGAGCAGCUGUCUGGUCUGGUGCAGAGUCCACACUACCAGCUGCAGGCUGCAGAUGUGGAGCAGCUUUCUGAUCUGGUGCAGAGUCCACACUACCAGCUGCAGACUCUCAGGUGGGAGCGCUGCAGUUUGUCAGAGAUCAGAUGUGAUGAUCUGGUCUCAGCUCUGGAGUCCAACCCGUCUGAUCUGGAACAUCUGGACCUGAGUGAGAACAGGCUGCAGGAUUCAGAUGUGAAGCAGCUGUGUGUUCUUCUGGAGAGUCCAGACUGCAGACUGGAGACUCUGAGGUUGGAGAAAUGCUUGAUGUCAGAGAUCAGCUGUUCUUCUCUGGUCUCAGCUCUGAAGUCCAACCCCUCCCAUCUGGAACAUCUGAAACAUCUGGACCUGAGCAGCAACAACCUGCAGGAUUCAGGAGUGAAACAUCUGUGUGGUUUCCUGGAGAGUCCAGACUGCAGACUGGAGACUCUGAGGUUGCAGCACUGUGGUCUGUCAGAGAUCAGCUGUUCUUCUCUGGUCUCAGCUCUGAAGUCCAACCCCUCCCAUCUGAAAUUUCUGGACCUGAGUUACAACAAGAACCUGCAUGCUGCAGAUGUGGAGCAGCUGUCUGGUCUGGUGCAGAGUCCACACUACCAGCUGCAGACUCUCAGAACACGAUGGAUCUAAACAGAUGACGGUGGACCAGGUGGAUUCUUCUCAGAGGAGACGUCCUCCUAUAAUCUCUCAACACCAGCAAAGGUUGAAACAUGUGGCUCCACCAACCUCCACCUCUCCCUCAUCAAACACCCUCGUCUGACGUUCUACUCAGUUUUUGGAUUAAAUGAGGUUCAAAGCGACUCUUCAGAAAACCUCUGGGUGACGUCACAGAGGGUUUUAAGUUCUUCUAACUUAACUCGGUCUGUUGUUAGCACUCAGCAAGAUGCUUUUGUACAACUUAAAAAAAUACAGGUCGUCAAAGGUUCUACUUUUGAGAACAAGGUUUGUUUAGAAGAAAAAAAGAACCGAGUCGGUGUCGUUGCUGUACAAGGAGAGGACAUUUAUUGAAGAAUUCCCAGCAUCACAGAUGAGUAUGCAAUGUAUAAUGUUCUGGAGAUGAAAUGUGUCUAUAUAAACAUGCCGAAAUAAACGAAAUAAUAAUAAUGUGUGUUAUCUGAGGUCGUCUCUUUCAGAUUUCAGUGAUUCAGACAAAGUGAAUUCAUCCACUCACAUGCAAGUCACACACCUGUGCACUCACCUGCUCCCCCAGACACACACAGGCCCACGGUCCAACAUACGUUCACAGUCUCGAUACGUACAAAAAGUGAUACAAAUACAAAUAAUACCACAAUAAAAACAUUGUAAUUAUUCUUUUUUUAAGAAAUUCUUACAGUUUAGCUAUGUUCUCUAUUCUGUAGAAAGACAACUAAGCUUUAAUUAGGAAACAAUAUUUUUUUCUGCCCUUCUCUAAAAUGAUCAGUAUAUCAUCAAUGAAAAUUAUUACAGUGUACAUACAUAUACGCGUUUGUGU